UUUUUAAUUGGCAGCCAUUUAUUAAUAGGGUCUAUAAUAUUACGAAGAACACAGCAAUAUCUUGGAGUUCAAAAUUAAAUCGUGAUGUCCUCGCUAUAAUGUCCAGUAUAUCGCGGGUGUCUAACGAUAUCUUUCCUGAUGAUUAUGUAUGCAAUACGAUUUUUUCUUUACCUGUAAAUGUCAUUGUCAACACAACACUGACAAGACUGAUGCAGAUAUUAGUUAGAUUUUUUUUUGUCACAUUAUUUGCUCUACAUGUAUCUGUACAAAUUAAACCUAUUCACACUCAAAUUACAUUGUAUGAUUAAGUAAAUGAUGAUUAAUCUUGUCUUGUAUCAAGUUGUUAUAUGAUCACGUACUGUUACUAUUUUGUGGCAGAAAAUUGUUCAUCCAAUUUGUUCAAUUUGUGUCCAUCUGUUCAUUUUCUUACUAUUUUCAUGUUUUUUCGACAGCAAGCAGUUUAAACCCCAACGAACUAAUGGCGAAGCAUACGAUGCAGCCACCAUUUCACAAUUCAGCGUUUUCAGUCGUCAACCCUUUGUAUCGCCGUGAUUCAGCCACGCCAAGCAUGUACCGCCCACGCCCAGUACAGCCACCGUUUUACAGCCAGAUGAGAGAGUUUACAUGGCUACCAGUUUCGCCAAACAAGUCAUUUGCAGUACCGCAACCCGAGUCUAUGCCACGCCUUGCUCAUCACCACCCCCGUGAGUCCGUUAUUUGUUGCACUGCCAGCCGUGCAUUGAACUACAAUCUAAGGAUCCCCUUCAAGGAGCCGCAAGGAGGAUUGUGUCUUAGAAGAAGUGUCAUUCAACCACCUAUGCCGUUGUUUAGUUCAGUUUCUUUCCAACAAAGAUUUGAAAAUGAAACAGCUGUGUCUGUAAAGCAAGAAGAAGAUCGUCAAGCACACUUCCAGGACAGGUCAUCCGAAACCGAAGAUAACCGAUCAGUGCAAGGCUUUCAUCAGGCGCAGCAUCUAAGCUGCAGUGAAGAAAUGGGUACUAAACCCAACAUCUCAAGCAUCUGCUGGGAUCCACCGUCUGAACCACAAGAUACACUCUCAGAAAGUGCAGAGAAAGAUGAUCAAGGAAAGGGAGAAAACAACCUAUUUACAGACAACUUGUCCAUCAAGAAGAGAAACAGUCUAGAGGAACUGAUGCCAAACGAGAUUCCAUGUGAAGAAGGGCGAUCUGUUGGCUUAGACGCCAAGGAAAUCAGCAACUUUGAUGAGAUUGAAGCCUUUGGCUCGGUCCAAACAGCAUAUUUCCCUGCCGCAGUUAUUGUACGUGGGCAAAAGGAAAUGACCGCGCAUGACCACAGCCUUUGUCCAAAGUCCAAGUCCAAGCACGUGUGCGAUGAGUGCGGCCGAUCAUUCACUCGUUCCAGUACUCUUAUCACGCACAAGCGCAUUCACACUGGGGACAAACCUUUCGUCUGUCAACAGUGCGGCCGCGCCUUCAGACAGCUUGGUAACCUGUCUCGUCAUCAGCUGACCCAUACAACUUCCAAGCCAUACAUUUGCCAACAAUGUAACAAGGCAUUUAACCGCGCCUCCAACCUACACACGCACAUGCGCACCCACUCCGACUACAAGCCAUUCAGCUGCGAAUUUUGCGGUAAGCGGUUUCACCAGAAAGUCGACAUGAAGAUUCACCGCUACACACACACAGGAGAGAAGCCUCACAAAUGCUUGAAAUGUGGGCGGGCAUUCAAGCAGCUGACGCAUCUGACGUACCACAUGAGAACGCAUUCCGACGUGCGCAUGUACAAGUGUGAGUUCUGUGGCAAGGGCUUCAAUCAGAAGGGAAAUCUCAAGGCCCACGUGUACCGUCACACAGGCGAGCGACCGUUCAAGUGUGACAUAUGCGGUAAAGGAUUUACACUGGCUUCCACGCUGAACACGCACAAGAGGACGCACGCGCCUCAUAAACCAUUUCAGUGUCAGUACUGCGAGAAGGCGUUUUAUCAGAAGAACGCCCUGAAAUCCCACUACAUUGCGUCGCAUCCCUUUACGGGAGGAAUUUCUUUGCUAUAACGUCGGAAAUGAGCCAGAAAAAUAACUGAAAAUUGUCACGCUUUCGGAACAUUGUAGUGAAUGUGGGCUGAUCGAGAUUAACGAGCAUUUUUCUUGUAAGAUACUAAAAUUUUUAAAGAUUACAACUUAACUUAAUAGUUAAGGCUUAGUAAAUAUAAGGGAAAAUAAAAUCAUGAGUUGUAAAUAGCGACUAACAGAUUUUUCGUCGGGGAUAUAUGGGUUUGAUAAGUUAUUAACUAUGCACUAAUGUAAUUUUCGAACAGCUUGUCUGUGUUUCUUUUUGAGAAGUAAGUCAGAAAAUAUUUCAACAGUGUAAGAGGUUUAGCUGUGACAGUGGUAUUUGAUAACUGCACUUUACAAAUAAAUUUUUCGUCUUUUUUGAUGUCAGUGGUGUCUUCUUCAUAGACUGAAUCCUUAGUACAUGACUAUAACCAGUGAAUUCAUGGGCGGUUUCCAUCUUUGUCUAGAAUCUAGCUACACACCUGAUCAAUACAACAUUUCAGCAGAAACGCUUUUAGACCUUUAUGUCAUUCAACAGGGUGUCUUAAUUCAAAAUAUACGCAUAACAGGGUGUCUUAACUCAAACUAUACGCACCAACACAUAAUCUAAAACUCUCGACAUUUUGUGUUAUGUUACGCACAGUUAACCCCGUUAACUCAGUACACCAAUGUGAAAAUGAACAUGCAUGACAAUACUAAUAUAAUCAAAAUGGACUUUUUGAAUGGGGUUCAGUUUUAAUCGCCACCAUGUUAAUGCAGUUGAUAUAAUACUGUGGACAGCUUUUACAAAUCUG